CACAAACUGAAAUCUGAAGCACAAUAUUGCGAUCAUAAGGAGAUAUCAAGGUGUUUAUGAUGAUCAGAAGAGUUGCUAAGGUCGUUUUGAGUGUGGAACAGUCUGAAGGCGUCGGGGCUCGAGUUCGCCGGAGCAUUGGACGGAAAGAACUAAAGAAUCUCGACCCUUUCUUGAUGCUGGAUGAAUUCUGUGUCUCCAAACCAGCGGGUUUUCCUGAUCAUCCUCACCGUGGAUUUGAGACGGUAACAUACUUGUUGAGUGGAAUAACAGCCCAUGAAGACUCCUGUGGUCACAGCGGGAAGUUGGAACCUGGAGAUCUUCAGUGGAUGACGGCAGGUCGUGGGGUAAUUCAUGCUGAGAUGCCUGUGUCGGACGGACGCAUUCAUGGCCUUCAGCUUUGGGUGAACCUGAAAAGUGCAGAUAAGAUGGUGGAGCCUCGGUAUCAGGAGCUGAAGAGCAAAGAGAUUCCCAAACCCAGCAAAGAUGGAGUCACUGUUACUGUCAUCUCAGGGGAAGCCCUUGGAGUAAAGUCUAAGAUUUACACGAGAACUCCAACCAUGUACCUCGACUUUGUCCUGAAGGAAGGUGCAAAGCAUGUGCAGCCUGUUCCUAAAGGUUGGACUGCUUUCAUCUACACCCUCGCAGGUUCUUUAUGCACCGGACCAGAUGAGGAUCAGCAGACAAUCGAGCCACACCACACAGUGGUUUUGGAAGACGGUGAAUGCGUCAGAGUGGAAAACAAGGCAGCUGAAGAGUCUCACUUUGUGUUAAUUGCUGGAGAACCUAUUAAUGAGCCUGUGGUUCAGCAUGGGCCUUUUGUCAUGAACACACAAGAAGAGAUUAACAAAGCCAUCUCAGACUACAGAUCAGCCACUAAUGGAUUUGAAAAGGCAAAAGUUUGGCAAUCAAAGAUUGGUCAAAAGUUCUAAAGUUUAUCUAACGAUCCGUCUCUGUGGGAAUAUAUGUACUUACUUUGUUUUUUGUGCCUUUAACUUAAUAUUCAGCAGCUGCAAGAGGUCUUUGGAUAUUUAAAUCACACCUAAAAAUUUAUGAAAUGUAUAAACUCUAAAAGUGAGACAGUAAGAUCUCACAAAAUAAGUUUUAAAUGAUGAAUUAUGGACACUUUCUGUUUUUUGUUUUCAAAGUUGUGUGCUGAACUACACCUGUGGUUACUCUGCUAAUACAUCCACUAAAAAAAUCUUGGGAUCAGUUGUUAAAAGUAAUUACAAAACAGCUUUGAAAAGUAAAGUUGGUUCUGGAAAGCUCGAAACAUCUGUUUGCAGAAGCUGGUGUGAUAAUUUUAUAUAAUACACUGACAUUUUAUAUAAUACGCUGACAAAUUGAUGAAAAAAGAUGUAUUGUGUUGCAUUUUAUUUUUUUAAAACGACUUAAGGGUACAAAUGUUUUUGGGGCCACUAUAUGGAAAAUGUUACUCAAAUUAUUCUGAUGUAUUUCUGAUUGUUACAAGGACUUUUAGUCUAAUGUAUUACUUCAAAUCUAUGUAUUUCUUUUAAUGACCUUUUAUGUGAAUCUAUUUAUUUCUAUUUUUAUUUCGUAUUAGGCUCUGACUGUUCACAUUGUGUCUGAUCACAACAUGAUUUCCUUUUUCCAA